GAGAGAGAGGGGAGGAGGAGAGAGAGGAGGGAGAGAGGAGAGGAGGACAGAGAGGAGAGGGACACGGUGAGAAAGAAAUGACGUUGAAAGAUGGGGAGGAAAGUUAAACAGAGAUUUUUUUAACAGAAGAUAAAGCUUCCUUCGUCUUUUGCAGACUCAGACGCCGCGUCAUUGGUCCGAUAGCUCCGCUCGUGCUGGAGACAUAGCCAUCUUUGACAAUGACACGAGCCAGACCGCGUGCGCAAUGAAUACAGCCUAGCUUCAGGCGCACUGUCUCCGUAUCUGUCUCUACCUCUGCUUCUCUCUGAAUCUAACGACGAAGAUUGAAAACUCAGCGUGAGAUAAUGAGUUGGAAAAACAUUUCGAAUUUGACCGGGAACUACACCAACCAGUUUGCGCAGCCCGCUUGGCAGGUGGCGAUAUGGUCGUUUGCGUACAGUGUAGUGCUUAUAGUGUCAGUAUUUGGAAAUGUAAUCGUUAUAUGGAUCAUUCUCGCGCACAAACGGAUGCGGACCACCACCAACUACUUCUUGCUUAACCUGGCUCUCGCGGACGUGUCCAUGGCGACGUUCAACACGCUCGUGAACUUUGUGUACGCCGCGCAUGGUGAUUGGUACUUCGGCCGCGCGUACUGCAAGUUUCACAACUUCUUCCCGGUAACGGCCAUGUUUGCCAGCAUCCAUACAAUGACAGCCAUCUCCGUAGACCGGUACAUGGCUAUCAUCAACCCUCUGAAGCCACGCCUCUCGGCGACGGUAACCGUGGCGGUGAUGGUGUGUAUCUGGGCGGUGGCGGUGGCGCUGGCAUCUCCGCUGUGUGUGUACUCCACCACGGUGACACAGCCACACAGAACAGUCUGCUACACCGCCUGGCCACGGGGAGCUGAGCAUGCACUGCUGUACCACGUGCUGGUGCUGGUGCUGGUGUAUGUGCUGCCCCUGCUGGUGAUGGGGGUGUCCUACAGCCUGGUGGGCAGGAGGCUGUGGGGCGGGGUCAUCCCCGGGGACUCUGCUGGCCUCCACUCUGACCAGCUGCACGCCAAGAGGAAGGUGGUGAAGAUGAUGAUCAUUGUGGUGUUGACGUUCUCUGUGUGCUGGCUGCCGUAUCACCUGUACUUCCUGGUAGUUGGUCUCCGUAGAGACCUGACCAGGAAGAGGGCGAUGCAGCAGGUGUACCUGUCAGUCGUCUGGACGGCCAUGAGCUCAGCCAUGUACAACCCUGUCAUCUACUGCUGCCUCAACCACCGGUUCCGUGCAGGGUUUAAAUGUGUGCUACGCUGGUGUCCGUGCGUCUCUCUCUCGGAACACGACAAGAUGGAACUGCGUUCCGCCCGUUGCCACGCCAACCGCCAGAGCAGCAUGUAUGUUACCAGGAUGGAGUCAUGUGACCCCGGCGACCGCCGCAGGAAGAGCUCUGCCUCCAGUCGCCAUGGCAGCCUGACCAGUGGGCUGUAUCACCAUGGCAAUAGGCUGGUCACCACAGGUGUUGGUCUCCAUGGCAACGCCGGUGCCACUACACCAGCAAACCAUGGCAACCACAGAGCCUCAGCCUCUUACCUGGAAGUCACCUGAGGGUCACACAAACACACACAUAAACACACACUCACACACAUAAACACUCACACACAUAACACACUCACACACAAACACACUCAAACACGUAACACACACAUACAUGCUGGUCGUAUGUGCAGUUGUAUCCCAGCAAGGUUAUCCUCCAUCACAAACCAGCAGGGUUAUCCUCCAUCACAAACCAGCAGGGUUAUCCUCCAUCACAAACCAGCAAGGUUAUCCUUCAUCACAAACCAGCAGGGUUAUCCUCCAUCACAAACCAGCAGGGUUAUCCUCCAUCACAAACCAGCAGGGUUAUCCCCCAUCACAAACCAUUAAGGUUAUCCUCCAUCACAAACCAGCAGGGUUAUCCUCCAUCAGAAACUAGCAGGGUUAUCCUCCAUCACAAACCAGCAGGGUUAUCCUCCAUCACAAACCAGCAAGGUUAUCAUCCAUCACAAACCAGCAGGGUUAUCCUCCAUCACAAACCAGCAAGGUUAUCCUCCAUCACAAAUCAGCAGGGUUAUCCUCCAUCACAAACCAGCAAGGUUAUCAUCCAUCACAAACCAGCAGGGUUGUCCUCCAUCACAAACCAGCAAGGUUAUCCUCCAUCACAAACCAGCAGGGUUACGUAAACGGUACGUUUUUUUUUGUAUCUGUAUCUAUAUAAUAACUGUGUUUUACUAUCUGUGAAUGUUUGUGUGAAACUGUGUUGAUUAAGUAGAUUUUUUUAUUUGGCUACAAUGAAGAUGAUAUGACAGCUGUCUGCAUUAAUAAAGGAACAUCACCAAACUAGAUCUGAUGUUGAAUCCUGUGUGUGUGUCUGUGUGUGUCUGUGUGUGUGUGUGUGUGUUAUGUCUGGUCUGUGUCAGGACGGAGGGUGGCAGAAUAUUUACAAAAAGAGAAGUGCAGAGCCAAACAAGGCACAAUGUCUAUGCCCGCGAUUAGUGUGUGUGUGUGCUAAAGUGUGUGUGUCUGUGUGUGUGUGUAUGCUAAUGUGUGUGUGUGUGUGUAUGAUACAGAGAGAGAGUCAUCUUUGGUUUAUGUUUAUGAACCCAGUUUACCUUUCCAUGCCAAACACUAACUCUGCCUCUCCAUUCUUCCAUCUCUCCAUCUCUCCAUCCCUUCUCCCUUCUCCCUCUCUUUGCCACCCCGUGUGGGUGAGAACAAGGCAGAAGGGAAGGUUUGGAAGAAGACGAAAUGGAAGGAUAGAGAGAGGAACAGAUAUCUUAUCUCCUCUCUCUCUCUUCCUUCUCUCUCU